AUGAUAAAUAUAAAUAAUGCAUUAGGAAGUUCAUCAACAAUUUCAUAUACAAAUGUACCAAUACUUAUUAGUGGAAAUAAUUCAAUAUUUCUUCAUUCAAUUUUUACAGAUUUAUUUUCAAAUUAUUCACAAGCAGGUGCACAAUAUUGUGGAAUUGUUAAUCAAAUGAACAUUGCAAAUGCAAUUAAUAUUCAAGCAACUGGUUAA